UCAUUCGGUCCAAAAGCUGCUAGGACAACUUGUUGGUGCCUGAAAAAGAGAAUGAAUGUGAAUCUCCCAUAUUCAAAUGACGUUUUUCUCUUACUUGCUACUAAAACCACUGUCUGUUCUUUUCUGAUCUUCUCUGGAAGGAUCCCUCCCUGGAAGAGACAUGCAGUCUGGGAAUAGUCCACCCUUUGGUCUGAAGCAAUCAUGGUGCUACCUAUUACUAGCAGCAACAUGGAAUUGCAACUUGACAAAAAUCUCUACAUCCACAACAACAUUGGAGACCGGUGGCCAAAGUAUGAUGAAUCCAGGAUCCGCAGAAAUUCCAUACCCCCAGCAAAGACCCCCACCGCAAAGCACAUGCUGGCCUAUCUCCCACGGCCUCCGACCGAAACAAGCAGAUACGGGACCUUUUCCCAGAAGCCUGAAAUGACGACAUCUUUAGACAGGAGCCACCAGCAAACAAAAAACAUGACCACGAAGAGAAGUGCUCUGGCACGCAACUAUCUUUCUGUACCUUGCAGUUCACAUGCUUCCAACGACAGGUCGGUCCUCCUGAAAAGACUCAGCAUGGCGGAACAGGCCAACUAUAGUGCAGUUGGGCCUCCCAGACACCAGCCUGGUUCCUUCAGUAAUGCAGACAAGUCACCUAAAAAUUGCUGCUCCUCCCAGACUGACCCACUGCAACCUUCUCUCUUGAGGGAGUCCAAUGCUCAGCUCCAUCCCCAGCAUGCUUUCGGUGUGCCCAACAUCAUCAGCUCUUCACGGAACAGAAUCCUAACCCGCAGCGCCCUCUCCAUGCCCACCUCGGACAAGGGGCAGGGCAAGCACUGCAAACUCAUAGACGACAACCGGCAGUUUGGUGGGAGUAGUAAGCACCAAAGGCAGCGCUAUGUGACCAAGGUGGGGAAGUGCAAGGUCAGCUUAGGCAACAUUCAGGAAAAGAAGAGGUUCUUAUCAGACAUUUUUACCACCAUUGUGGAUCUGUAUCGCUGGUUCCUCUUCAUCUUCAGCAUGUGUUACAUUACCACUUGGGUGCUCUUUGGCAUCACGUAUUACCUUGAUGCCUGGAUGCGAGAUGAUAUCAACCACAUCGGUGACCCUGAGUGGAAGGCUUGCAUUGAGAACGUUGAGAACUUCGUCUCGGCCUUGCUGUUCUCUGUGGAAAGUCAACGGACAAUUGGCUACGGCUCUCGCAUUGUGACAGCCAACUGUUCGGAGGGAGUCCUCUUGCUAAUGGCCCAGUCCAUCAUUGGCUCUAUGAUAGAUGCACUCAUGGUGGGCUGCAUGUUUGUCAAGAUCUCCAGGCCCAAGAAGCGUGCCCAGACCUUAAUCUUCAGCAAGAGGUGUGUGAUCUCCAACCGGGAUGAGAAGCUUUGUCUCAUGUUUCGCAUUGGAGACCUUCGGGACAGUCACAUGGUGGAUGCAAAAAUAAGAGCCAAACUCAUUAAAUCCAGGCAAACCAAGGAAGGGGAGUUCAUCCCACUGGACCAAUCAGAACUGAAUCUGGGCUACGGCACAGGGGAGGACCGCCUCUUCCUGGUGGAGCCGCAGAUAAUUUGUCACAUCAUCAAUGAGCUCAGCCCUUUCUGGGAGAUGUCUGCAGAGGCGCUGAAGAGAGAACAGUUUGAAAUCAUCAUAAUCCUUGAAGGUAUUGUGGAAGCCACAGGGAUGACAUGUCAAGCCAGGACAUCAUACGUAGAGGAUGAAAUCCUCUGGGGUCAUCGUUUUGAGCCUUGCAUGACCCUGGAAAAGGGUGCCUUCCACGUAGAUUACACCAAAUUUGAGAAGACUUUUGAAGUGCAGAUGCCACUGCUGAGCGCGCGAGAAAUGUACAAUCUGAAGGAGAUGAAAAAUCAGGACCAGUCAACGCUGAGCUUGUACUGGGACCAUCUGGCACAGCCUCGCUUUCCAGCAGAACCCAACAACGAAGCCCGACAAGGGGGUUGUCCCAAUGAGGAAGGCUUCUCCAACAUCCCAGAGGAGGAGCAGAGCAGUGAGUGCCAGAAUCAAGAGACCAGGCUCUAAGUGUCUCGAGCCGUCUCUGUAAGCUUCUGUGAACCAGCAGGGAGGAAGAGAAGCA